AUGCGUAUCCUGGUGACCCUCCUCCUGGACACCCUGCCCAUGCUGGGGAACGUCCUGCUCCUCUGUUUCUUCGUCUUCUUCAUCUUCGGCAUCGUGGGCGUGCAGCUGUGGGCGGGGCUACUGAGGAACCGCUGCUUCCUGCCCCAUAACUUCUCACUGUGAGUAACACUAUGAUUGUGUGUGUGUGUGUGUGUGUGUGUGUGUGUGUGUGUGUGUGUGUGUGUGUGUGUUAGUCAUUUCUGUAGUGAGUGUUGAUAGUGUGGUGUUGUGUAGUUUGUGUGUGUGAUUAGACGGUUAGUGUGUAGGUGGUCCAACGAUCGAGCAUCGGCUUUCGGCCAACGGUCCAAGACAGCUUCUGCCCCAGGUAUAAGACUGUUAAAUAGUCUAGAUGCUAAAUGUCAUAGAUUGUAAAUAGUUAAGAUGCUAAUAGCCAUAAGAUUGAAAAGUCAUAUGACUGCUAAAUAUCAAGAGUGUUAACUAGGUCAUAAGUGCUAAAUAGUUAUUGAUUGCAAAUAGUCAUAAGACUGCGAUAUAGUCAUAAGAUUGCUAAAUAGUCAUAAGACUGCUAAAUAGCCAUAAGAUUGCUAAAUAGUCAUAUGACUGCUAAAUAGUCAUAAGAUUGCUAAAUAGUCAUAAGAUUGCUAAAUAGUCAUAUGAUUGCUAGAUAGUCAUAAGACUGCUAUAUAGUCAUAAGAUUGCUAAAUAGUCAUAUGACUGCUAAAUAGUCAUAAGACUGCUAAAUUGUCAUAAGACUGCUAAAUAGCCAUAAGUCUGCUAAAUAGUCAUAAGACUGCUAAAUAGUUAAUUAAAUAGUUACCGGAACAAUCUGCAUUGACCCUAUCUGGCGCUGACUCUAUGAACACUCACAAGACUAUACACUGAUAGUACAGAACACUAGGAACACCUGCUCUUUCCAUGACGUAGACUGACCAGGUGAAUCCAGGUGAAAGCUAUGAUCCCUUAUUGAUGUCACUUGUUAAAUCCACUUCAAUCAGUGUAGAUGAAGGGGAGAAGACAGGUUAAAGAAGGAUUUUUAAGCCUUGAGACAAUUGACAUGGAUUGUGUAUGUGUGCCAUUCAGAGGGUGAAUGGGCAAGAUUGAAGUGCCUUUGAACAGGGUAUGGUAGUAGGUGCCAGGCGCAAUGGUUUGUGUCAAGAACUGCAACUAUGCUGGGUUUUUCAUGCUCAACAAUUUCCCAUGUGUGUCAAGAAUGGUCCACCACCCAAAGGACACCCCCCCCCCCCCCCCCCCCACACACACACACACACACAUGCACAAACACACGCACACACACAAUCAUCAUAUACUGCUGCUACUCUGUUCUUUAUUUUUAUUAUUAUAAUCUAUCAUGAUGCCUAGUCACUUUACCCUGCCUUUAUGUAUAUAUCUACCUCGAAUACCUUAUUAUAAUCUAUCCUGAUGCCUAGUCACUUUACCCUGCCUUUAUGUACAUAUCUACCUCAAAUACCUUAUUAUAAUCUAUCCUGAUGCCUAGUCACUUUACCCUGCCUUUAUGUACAUAUCUACCUCAAAUACCUUAUUAUAAUCUAUCCUGAUGCCUAGUCACUUUACCCUGCCUUUAUGUACAUAUCUACCUCAAAUACCUUAUUAUAAUCUAUCCUGAUGCCUAGUCACUUUACCCUGCCUUUAUGUACAUAUCUACCUCAAAUACCUUAUUAUAAUCUAUCCUGAUGCCUAGUCAUUUUACCCUGCCUUUAUGUACAUAUCUACCUCAAAUACCUUAUUAUAAUCUAUCCUGAUGCCUAGUCACUUUACCCUGCCUUUAUGUACAUAUCUACCUCAAAUACCUUAUUAUAAUCUAUCCUGAUGCCUAGUCACUUUACCCUGCCUUUAUGUACAUAUCUACCUCAAAUACCUUAUUAUAAUCUAUCCUGAUGCCUUGUCACUUUACCCUGCCUUUAUGUACAUAUCUACCUCCACAUUGAUCUGGUACUGGUACUCCCUGUAUAUAGCUCCACAUUGAUCUGGUACUGGUACUCCCUGUAUAUAGCUCCACAUUGAUCUGGUACUGGUACUCCCUGUAUAUAACUCCACAUUGAUCUGGUUCUGGUACUCCCUGUAUAUAGCUCCAUGUAUUUUAUUCCUCUGAUUAAACCCCCUCCAACACAGACUGACUCGCCAGUGGAAGCUGUUGCAUAAUGCCAUCAUAAAGUGUGAAAUAGCUUAAAUAGUUUAAAUAAAUAAAUAAAUGUGUGUGUUAGCAAAAACAUAUAUACCAGCAGGACUAGAGGGAGGAUUUGGCCACUUUAAGACACUUGUGUCGCUAAUGCAGCGAAAUACACACACACACACACACACACAUACACACACACAGGACACACACACGGGACACACACACACAGACGAGGGACAAACGUGCACAACAGUGUAGGGAACAGUGAUGAAAACCCUAUCAUCUAGAUGGUUGAUGCUACAACGACCAUAACACCUGCUACGCUAACCUAGCUAUUAUCCACUGUUCCCUCUCUCCUGCAGCCCUCUAUCCGUCGAACUGGGCAACUACUACCACACGGAGAACGAUGACGAGAGCCCCUUCAUCUGCUCCAUGCCCAGGGAGAAUGGCAUGCGUCUGUGUUCCUCUGUGCCCACCCUGUAUGAGGAGGGAGGUCUCCAGUGCCAGGUGGACAUGAACUCCUACAACAGCACGGACAACACCACCUGUGUCAACUGGAACCAGUACUAUAGUAACUGCUCAGGUGGACACGUCAACCCCUUCAAAGGGGCCAUCAACUUUGAUAACAUCUGCUACGCCUGGAUCGCCAUCUUUCAGGUGAAGGAAUGGCGUGGGCGUGCAUGUAUACAUAUGGAUUGCACGUACGUGUAUGUGUAAUCACGUGCACACAGAACCACACAUGCACAUGGACACUCCACAAAGGAGAGUCAAUACUGUUGGCCCAUAAAAACUAAAGGUGUUUAAAGGUCCAGGACGGCAGUACUUCAGAAGGGUCUCAGGGAGAUAGCAUUACGUUGGUACUUUCAUUGUUGGCACCGGGGUUAGAGACAGCUGAUCUUUGGAAAGUGGAUUUACUCUACACUCUACAUCUUCUUCAAAUAUACCCUUUGAAGCUUCGUUUUUGAAGUAUGCCCAAACAGUUGACCACUUGACUGAUCCCUCCUUAAGACUUUGAUGUAACUGUUGUCCUGUCCAGGGUUAGGGUGUGUUAGGGUUUGUUAGGGUGUGUUAGGGUGUGUUAGAGUGUGUUAGGGUGUGUUAGGAUGUGUUAGGAUGUGUUAGGGUCUGUUAGGGUGUGUUAGGAUGUGUUAGGGUGUGUUAGGAUGUGUUAGGAUGUGUUAGGAUGUGUUAGGGUGUGUUAGGAUGUGUUAGGAUGUGUUAGGGUGGGUUAGGAUGUGUUAGGGUGUGUUAGGAUGUGUUCGGAUGUGUUAGGGUGUGUUAGGAUGUGUUAGGGUGUGUUAUGAGUGUUGUUAUAGGGUGUGUUAGGGUGUGUUUAGAGUGUGUUUAGGAUGUGUUAGUUGUUUUUUUAUGGUCUUUUCGGGUGUGCUUUCGGGUGUUUUUCGGUGUGUCUAGGUCUGUUAGGGAUUGGACGUGUGUAGAGGGUGUUGGGUUUGUUUAGGGUGUUUGUGGUUAUUGAGGAGGUGUUAGGGGUGUGGUUAGGGUUGUGUUAGGUGUUUAGGGUGUGUUAUGAGUGUUAAGAGUGUGUUAGGGUGGUGUGUUCAGUUAGGGUGUGUAGGGUGUGUUAGGUUGUAUGUAGGACAGUGACAUGGGGAGCUAUUGGUCUUCGGUUCGGCUUCGGUGUCGUAAGUGGGCGAUUGGUUGAGGAACAAAGUUUUGGGCGAUGGAGAAGUGAAGCUCUGGCUUUCUCUUGUCAGGUUAUGGUCUUUACGACUUACAGGACUUUAUCAGGGGUUGAGGAUGUUCCCCCCAUAAACUUCUGGCAGUGGUUCGUUGUCUGUGUAGAGGAGUAAACUCAACGGACGAGAUGAGACAUAACCAGUACCAGAGGUAGAGGUGUAAGGAGGUGCAAUGGGCAGCUGGGGGAGGGGUUGGAAUGAAAAUGGAUGAAUACUGUCGUUCUGUGGUCUAUCUCUCGACUCUAUCUUCCACUCUCUCUACUCUAUAUACUAUAUCUCUCUCUCUCUAUCUCUCUGUCUCUCUCUAUCUUCUCACACACACUACUCUCUCUCUCUCUCUCUCUCUAUCUCUAUUUAAUCUCUCUCUAUCAAAAUCUCUGUCUCUCUCUCUGUAGCUUCUUCUGUCACUCUAUACCAAUCUCUUAUCUAGUCUCUUUCUCUGUAUCUCUAACUCCUAUCUCUCUCUUGGUUUCAGAUAUAUGUCUAUUUCUCUCUCUCCUAUCUCUAUCUCUAUCUAUCUCUCUCCUCUCUCUCUCUCUCUCUCUCUCUCUCUCUCUCUCUCUCUCUCUUCUCUCUCCUCUCCUCUCUCUUACAACUCUCACUCACUCACUCACUCACUCACUCACUCUGUCUCUGUCUCUCUUCCCCCCUCCCUCUCUCGCUGUGUCUCUAGGUGAUCACUCUGGAGGGAUGGGUGGACAUCAUGUACUUUGUGAUGGAUUCUCACUCCUUCUACAACUUCAUCUACUUCAUCCUCCUCAUCAUUGUAAGAGACCAAAUGAGAGAGAGAGAGUGUGUACGUGUGUGUACGUGUGUGAGUAGCAGAAUACAAUGCCAUAGGCAUAGCUACUUAUUCAAACACCUAGCAAACUCCUGACUCCUGAAUGCCCUCCAAGGCCCUUAUGUAAAGAGAAGUCUGCUUCCAGAAACAUGUCUCAGAACACCACGCAUCAUCUGUUCAGUCUGAUACUCCCUCACAACUACACAGUACACCGCCUGGUGAUAGAGUACAGUAUUAUCUCCUCAACCACACCUUCACAGAGUAGCUAACUUGGGAGUGCUGGUUCACAGAGCUGGGGGAGCUGGUUCACAGAGGCUGGGAGGCUAGCCACUAGCUAACCUGGGAGAGCUGGUUCACAGAGCUGGGGGAGCUGGUUCACAGAGAUGGGGGAGCUGGUUCAAAGAGCCUGGGAGGCUAGCCGCUAGCUAACCUGGGGGACUGUCUGUUAUUUGUAUGUUAAACUCACAGUGGAGAUGUAGCUGAAAAACUCCCCAAAGUGGAUGGGGAGAGACUCUAACUCUGUGUGUGUUUCUGGUUGUCCCUAUCCUAACUCUGUGUGUGUUUCUAGUUGUCUCUAUCCUAACUCUCUGUGUGUUUCUGGUUGUCCCUAUCAUAACUCUGUGUGUUUCCGGUUGUUCCUAUCCUAACUCUGUGUGUUUCUGGUUGUCCCUAUCCUAACUCUGUGUGUUUCUGGUUGUCCCUAUCCUAACUCUGUGUGUGUUUUUAGUUGUCCAUAUCCUAACUCUGUGUGUGUUUCUGGUUGUCCCUAUCCUAACUCUGUGUGUUUCUGGUUGUCCCUAUCCUAACUCUGUGUGUUUCUGGUUGUCCCUAUCCUAACUCUGUGUGUGUUUCUAGUUUUCCCUAUAAUAACUCUGUGUGUGUUUCUAGCUGUCCCUAUCCUAACUCUGUGAGUGUUUCUAGUUGUCCCUACCCUAACUAUGUGUGUAUCUGGUUGUCCAUAUCCUAACAAUGUGUGUAUCUGGUUGUCCCUCUCUAGAUUGACUCUUUCUAGAGACUCUAACUAUGUGUGUUUGUGGUUGUCCCUCUCUUAACUCUGUGUGUGUUUCUGGUUGUCCCUCUCCUAACUCUGUGUGUGUUUCUGGUUGUCACACUUCUCUUCUUAAAAUCUGAUUUUAAACCUAACCCUAACCUUAACACUAACCUUAACCAUACUGCUAACCUUGGGCCUAGCCCUAACCUUAAAUUAAGACAAAAAAUCAAAUGUUUGUUUUCAUGAAUCUUUACAAUACAGACAAUGUUGACUUUGUGGCUGUAGUAACUAGUGACAACCCCUAACUCUGUGUGGUUGUGGUUGUCCCUCUCCAGAUUGACUCUUUCUAGUUUAGUUUAGGGCUUUUUUUAGCACAAAAAAAGAACGAUAAACAGUGCAGAUAAAAGCAAUGUAAAAAGGUGUGCAGGACUCUUUCUAGAGACCAACUCUUUGUUUGUUACUACUCCAGAUUGGCUCUUUCUUCAUGAUCAACCUGUGUCUGGUCGUCAUCGCCACCCAGUUCAGUGAGACAAAGCAGAGGGAGAGCCAGCUGAUGAGGGAACAGCGCAUCCGUUUCCUGUCCAAUGCUAGUACCCUGGCCUCCUUCUCUGAGCCGGGCUCCUGCUACGACGAGCUCCUCAAACUCCUUGUCCACGUCAUUCGGAAUGGGUUCAGGCAGGUGGCCCAUGUCUGCCGGGCCGUGAUGCGCCGUGCUGGGAUGAACAUUGCAGCCUCUCCCCCUGCCCUGGAGAGAGAGAGGGAGAGGGGGAGCCAGAGAAAGAGGAGGAAGGCUUCCAGACAGGGUUCUGUGGUCUCCAGAAAAGUGUCUAUGUCCGUUCAUUACUUGGUUCACCAAAAUCACCAUCACCAUUAUCACUAUCACUUAGUAAACGGGAGUGUGAGAGGGAGACUAGGGGGGAGAGGGGUGGCGGGGGUCGGGGGAGGAGGAGGGGAUGUGGAGACGGGUUCCCAUAGCAACAACGGGGGCACUGGACGUCUCAUGCUGGGUCCUCCUCCAUUGCCGACCUCUGACGUGAACUUGGCGACCCCGGUGUCACCAGACAAUCCCGCUCCGGAAACCAACGGUGGCGACUCGUCAUCAGUGCGGAGUACAUUCCACACAGACUGCCACCUGGAGCCCAGCACCCCCACUGCCCUCGCCCCUACCCCUAGUCCCUUCUCCCUGACCCCUACGCCCAUGUCCAGGCCUAUGAAGAGGAACUCAGUGCCCUUCGCUGGUUCCGGACCUAAAAACUACCCCACCCUACAGCCCAGGGCACUAAUGGAGUCUAGAAGUGGCAGUGUUACAGCUAGUACCAUCAGUAAUAUAAACCUCAAUAUACCACCUCUACCCCUGGAGAGAAGAUCACAGAGUUUUGUAGACACACACACCCCCACAGGUACGCCAUUAAACACACACAAACCAUGUGAGAAGGACAGAAGUUAGAGGUGUGGUUAGACUGGUGUUUUUGUCUUGUUUUAAUUGAACUGUGAUGAUAUAGUGAAUAAAAAGGGAACGUUGCUUUUUCUGAGGUGCAAUAUCAACAAAUGUGCUGAUGUGAUAUAGCUUCUCCAUCCCUCCGUCCCUCCCUCCAGCCCAGCUCUCCUGCCGUGACCUGAGUGCCAUCGGAACCCUGGACCCGUCGUUCACCUUUGACCCUGAGUCGUGCCCCUACUGUGCCAAGGCUCUGGCAGGGGAGUCAGAGGGCACAGACGGAAAUGAGACCCCUGGGGACUCAGACAGUGAGGGCAUCUACGAGUUCACCCCGGACCUCCAGCACAGGGACCGCAGGGACCGUCGGGAUAGCCGUCAGCCCAGGAAGAGGCAGCGAAAGCUGGGUACGACGGUGGGGAGAGUGGUCCGGGCCUGGAGGCUGGUGUGUGAUACCUUUAGGAA